AUGCAGAGAAGAGUUAACAGGAUGUUGAACUCUUCCCAUGAUCACAAGCUUUUGGCUUUGAUGAAUGUGAAGGGUUUUGACCCAGAGAAAGUCAGUGUAACGGUGAAGGACGGGAAGGUGAAGGUGCUAGCCGAGCACAGGGAGGAGCACACCACCAUAGGAGGGAAGGAGUACCACUACAAAAGCAUCACAAAGGAAAUCAGCUUGCCGCCGGGAGUGAACGAGGACGAGGUGACCUACUCGCUGGGACCCAAUAGCGUCCUGAGGAUCGAAAUGGCAAGCAAGUGCUACCCUUGUCUCCUGAGUCGCUGA